AUGCAGCGGGAGCUGUACGCACUCGGAUCGGCAGUCUUUGAAGUUACUGCGUGGAAAUUUCCGUACGCGGAUAUCAGCGGUGACAUUUGGGACAUUAUUGAGAGCGGCACAAUGCCCGUCAUGGCGGACAACAAUCCUGCUUGCGAUAUCAUCACGCGAUGCUGGUAUUUCGGAUACGACUCAGCAAAGGCUGUAGCAGAUGACUUGGCUGAUGUCUUGGACGCAAAGAAGCAGACACUUCUCCCUGACACGCCCGAGUUCCUUUUCGACUGGACGAGGGGUUAA